AUGAGUGUGAACAGUACCUGCAUCAACAAGACUAGGGAGAGUGUCAGUGCGAUUUUUAUCAAUGUUUGGACAGGGGUGUCUAGUAUAGUGGCUGUGAUCUGGUUGUCUAGGUCCAUGUACAAACAAAGGCAUUUUUCGCAACCUAAAUUUCUUUCCCUGGCGGUGUGUUUUUGUGAUUUGUUGUACGCUGCAAUAAGUAACUCGCAAGUUGUUGCUGCAUCGUGGUUAGGGUAUUGUGUGCUGGGAGGGGAUCAAGGUUGUAUCAUACGUGGAUUCUCGAGGAACUCCACAAUGGUGGCCUCUCAUCUGAUGGUGGUGUUCAUGGCUAUGGAAAGAUUUAUCGCUCUACGGUUUCCGUUUCGUUAUCAACACUUGUUGACACCACGGAAAGUGGUAACUGUAGCCGUUAGUUUGUACAUUUAUUCAAUUGUUCUUGCAACCUUGCCAUUAAUGGGAGUGAACAAAUAUGGUUAUGGAUUAUGGUGCGAUUUUCACUGGAACGAUACCUCCCCGGCGGGCAGGUUUUUUGUCAUUUUCUUCCUCAUUCAAGGAUUUGGUUGUAUGCUGUUAACUGUUUACUGCAAUAUUUCUGUGAUAUACGAGUUACUUGCUAUUAAGCGGCGAGUUGGGCCUGGACUCAGCAAAGCGUCUUUCAAAGAGAAGCUGGACCACUUCAAGUUUAUGGCAAUCAUGGCGAUGGUGUCAAUCUUCUACAUCAUAUGCUCAACACCAUAUCUAAUCAGGCUUAUGUGCAAUCAGUUUGGAAUUGACAGAUCACUGGAAAAAGACUUCCAAGCGGUUAGAAUGUACAUCAUCAACAACAUGACAAAUUCCUACCUUAUUCUCUUCAUUCAAGUUUUGUUCCAUCCCAAAGUGAUAGACAAAUUCCGAGCAUGCUGUUGUGCGCAUGCGUCUAAAGAGAAUGACACUACAGUUGCAGAAAUGCAGACAUCUGAAGUCGUCGUGCCACCAUAGCCAAUAAUUAGAAAUUUAAAUUUUUUUAGACUAUAGUCUGUACCAUGAUACCAAUGCCAUCACCUUUUAAAUGAUAUCUCAAAAUACAUUAACACAUGGGCUUUCAAACUAGGUUAUACAAAGAAAUUUUAAGUAAAUGCUCGGACUCAAAUAUGUCACACUCGAUUAUCGGAUAAUCUCUGUCGAAAAAAAAGUUACCCAUUAAAGCAAUUGUCGAAUCUCACAAUUCUGUAUACAUUGAAACAUCGUGUCAUUCUGAUUCUACAGAAAUAAACUAGUAUGUAUCAAACCUUGGUAAGGAAUGGUUUGGAAAUUAUGAAACUGUCAUUUUUAAAGAUAUUCUCUUUGAAAACAUGGCUAUGAUACUGCCGACUCUGCAUUAAGCAAUACAUAUAUUAUUUAGAAUGUGAUGGAAAUGUGGAACAGACAUGUGCGAUCUCAUAGCAAAUAUGUAUUUUACAUUUGACACGUUUGAAUUAAUUCCAAUGUAAAAGUAUUUUCAUAACCUUAAUUGUUUUCCAUUCCACACAGUUGCGUUUUUUUUCCGGUUAUGCAAUGAUGUACAUUUGAAUCUUUAACAGUUCUAUAUUGUGUCUAGAAUCAUAUAAAGGAAGUUUAGCUCCCUGUAUUUGUCCAAGCAGAAGAUUUUCUAUAUAUUAUUAACAAUUUAAAUAUUUGUAUUGUGAAUUAGAAGUUUAUUAGUCGAUUGUCUGAACAAGUCUAUUGCGUCAUGUUCACAUGGGUUGUAGCUGUAUAUAUAUAUGCUUUGGGAUUAAAUGGUAUUUAAAAGUUUUAAUUUAUCAAUUUCUGGGUUAUGUUAAAUGAGGGUACCUAACAUCGGCUUCUUGUAAUUGGAUGUAUGUUACAUCUGUUUUCAUCCUGAUUAAUUUUUUUUUGAUUUUAGUUGCUACCCCUUCUGCACGAAUAACUGUCUAAAUGCCACCUGGUAUGCUAUGAAUUCUGUCUUUCACGACUUUUAGCCAUAAGAUUGUCAUGUUUUACCAACGUCUUAUUGCAUAAAUUUUAAAAUUAAUGCAGCAUUUAAAAUUGA